CUAGUCGUAUUCGUUUGGAUAUUUAGUAAACACAAAGUAUGUAUCUGUGUAUUAGUUCCAAGCAUGUUCGCAUUUGUUCGCCUGUGUGAUUUUGUGUGUUUAACAACCAUUUGACGCGUGUUGAUGUGUUUAACUUUAAACCCUGAUCAGACAUCUAAGCAAAGGCUGUGACACAAGGAUUGAUUCAGAACCGGUGUGAAGUUUCUAAGAUUAACGACAGGAUUCUUUAGAUGUCACAAAGUAUUACAAGCCACUUAAUGGUAUUAAAAUUUUAACACGGAACCAAGAGUAAUAUGGACCUCUUUUCUUCCUAAAUAAAUUGAUCAGAAAUAUAAGCUCUUAGAUUCUUUUUGUACAUAUUCACAGACAAAUUUAAAAGACAUUCCCUGAAAUACGUCAAUCUGUCUUUAAAAUCAAACAACUGAAAAAAAAAAGUGAAUUAAACAUGUAGCUAACAAGUACAAAUGUUUAAGUUUAACUAAAAAAAUCAGUGAACAUUUUUUAAAAGAAUGGAUUCACUUCGCAUGAAAAGGAUUUUGCGAAAGAGAAAGGUUCAGAUAUUUCUCACCUGCACAGUAAUGUUGUCAUUGAUUUGUUUAGUCUUUGUAUACAUUCAAGUAUCCAGCAGACGAUUAGGACCCGUUUCACACUACAGGAUAAUUAACAUGAGCUGUUCGACACAUUUACAACUGACCAUCCAUUCAGAUAUUUAUAGACAUAGAACCAAGGUGGCCAAUGACGCUUGCUUUAAACACGGCCAUUAUGGUAAAGCGAAGAGAGUCUACUUAGACCAGUUCAACAAAUCGGCAUAUUGCGUUGUACCCAAGGUUGGCUGCACUUACUUGAUCAACAUAUUGCGUUUCUUAAAUAACGAUACAAAUGGAACAGUAUACGAAAGUCCGAACGAUAUUCCAAGAAUAAUAACUCACUACAGCAGCUUCAGUAGAAAUGUCAGCGUGUAUAGCGAUGAGCCAGGUCCUAGCGAGCUCUCCAACAAGCUCAGGUUUAUGUUUGUGAGAGACCCUUACAGUCGUCUGUGGUCAGCGUGGAUUGAUAAAUUUUGGUUGCCAGAUUUUUGGUUUUCAGUGGGCGCCAAAAUUGCCAUUUUUUUCAAUCUGACAGAAGUAGAAAAAGAAUGCCCCAUGAAUAUUUCCUUCGUACAGUUUUUGACUUACAUAUCACGUGACAAGUUUUUACAAGAGCCCAACUUGUUGAACCAGCACUGGGCACCUUACAGAUUUCUUUGUGAUCCCUGUGUGUUUAGACCUCAUGUCAUUGGAAAAAUGGAAACGUUUCAUGCAGACACAAGCGCCAUUUUGGAAGCGGUCAAUUGGACCUGGGUUUUGGACGCACCGUCAAUGAUGAGAGACGACAGUCACAAAGAUGGACCGAUUGAUAGGUCAGUCCUAGAGAUGUCCAUGUUGACUUACUACAACAUGAAAAGACUCACGUUUCUGAGUUCGUUGUUUAGUACCACUGAUGAAAAUUGUUUCAACCAACUAAUAGUUUAUAAAAGACUUUGGGCAGCGUUUCAAUACAAUGGUCACUUGCCCUUCAAUGUCCAGUUUCCAGAGCAGCUAGAGACCGGAGCAUCUAUCGCACCAGAAGAUUUUCUUCAAAUUUGUAAAGAAACUUUCUAUUCCUGGAACAAAGAUAAAAAACUAUUCGCCGACCAAAAAAAGGCAGCAAUGAUUGUAGCUUACAGACCAGUGCCUAGCGAUGUCAUGAAUAGGCUUCUGGAGAUGUAUGAAUCAGACUUUGAGAUGUUUGAGUAUAAUAGAAAGCCAAUAGAUCUCUACCACUACAGAUGAUACAGGAUAUGUUAACAUAGAACAUAAUUAUCCUUUAUUAUAAAGAAAUGUUGUUCUGUAUAAGUUACAUUGGCGUGUUUCUGAAGCAAAAAUCUUGUAAAUAACUUAUUAGUGGCCCUUUAAAAGGGGAAAAGCUGUUAUAUGAGUCUGCCUGUCUGUAUGUCUGUCAUAUCAAAAGAAAAAAGAAGGCAUUAAAAAUCGAUUUCAUCAUAUUUCGUAAUCUCUAGUGCAUUACGACCUCUGGAAGUGAGCCUAUUUGUACUUAAACAUUAUUUUGCAAGAUCAUAGUUUUGUGUGGUCUGUCUGUCCGUACGUCCGUCCUAUUUAGAUCUCGUAAACUAGAAAAGAUAUUGACAAUCUAUGCAAGCAUUUUUUUCAUAAAAAUACACCAUUUUUACUAUUCACUAUUAAUAGUAAAAAACACAGGAGACCAUUUAGUAAGGGAAAUCGCCUUUUGAAUGGUUUUAACUAUUGUGUCAAAAUGAUAUUUAGAAAAAUGUAUUACUAAUUUAAAUAAUUUCUGUCAUACAAACUACCUAAAUUAAAAAAAAGGUAUUUACUUAAAAAGAGAAAAUGUCUAUGUAAUAUGCAUACAAGUGGAUUAUAAUUUAAAACAACAAUUAAUAAGUCGUGUUUUAUAUGAUACAUUUGAUCUACAACCCUACAAUGUCUUCAUCCACUUAUUGAUAGGAAAGAUUGUUUUUUUAGGGAAAAGCUUUAUUUGUUAAGGAUUUGAUAUAGAGAAGCGUGGGAAGCGUGGUCGAGAAGCUAAGUGCUGCUUGAACUUGGCUUGGCUAUAUAUGAAGGGGGCUCAAGGUUCGAGGUUCUGCCCGACUCGGGCAGAGUUGUGUUUACUGAUACCCCCUCCCCCCACCGGUCCACAACUGAGAUUAGACCAAAGCGCUCUGAGCAUGCUAAAAGCAUGAAAGUAGCGCUAUAUAAAAACCAUAAUUUAUUCCACCUUUACAAAAGAAUUAGAUAUAUUAAAUAAUCAUUCAAUAACAUCUGUCAGGCUAGGUUCACAUUUAGCUUCACCUUCACCUAUCCCUGUGUCUUUUGGACGAUUGGGGCACCACUCAAGAUCUGUAUACCGUAUUUAUCCAUUUCUCUCUGCCCUUUGCCUUUGAUAGAAUUUUGUUCACUGUCUUCCCAUCGCUUUCUCAGUGUUCCUCUUCAUCCUCUUCUUAUUACUGUUCCUUGUAGGAAGGUCUUUGCCAGCCCUGAGGACCUUGUGAUGUGGCAAUAGGGUUUGGGUUUACGUUGUUAGCAGGUCAUCGUGGGGUCCAAUCGCUGUAUUAAUCCUGUUUCUAAUCUCUUCAUUCGUGAUGCAGUCUUUGUGACACCUAAGGUUUAACUAUAUCUUCAUAACUAUCUUCAUAAAUAAAUAUUUCCACACAAACUAUCUUUGUAACCUUGUUUUUUUUUGUUUUGUUCGCACUUGCUUCUAUAUGGUUAUUGUUAUAGUAGCUACGCUGAAGUGGUCAAUUGUAAUCAAACUGAAUUUCCAUUUGAUUGGACCAAUGAAAUAUGUCUUAUCUUAUCUUAUC